UCCCCUCCUCCCCCUCCCCUCCCCGCUGUCGCAAACAACUCCCAAGAGUGAAAAAGGACAGGUCAUCUCCCAUGCGUGGCAAGGAACACAGUUGUUGACCCAUCGUCUGGAAAAAGGCAGAGCGAUGAUUAGCCUCAGGGUGGAACAGCACUCAGAUUCUCCGAGAUCCCGUCAAGACCAUCUUUCCCGUGGAAACGACGAUACCAGAGCCUUCGACGGCAAUGCCGAUUGCCAGUGAGAGCACCACUGUCAACACCAUUACUACCACCAUGACAACAUUUUCCGCCCCUGUCACCGCACCUAGGUCGAUGCCCAACAAUCAGUCUGCGUUGGCGGCGUCCUUCACCAAUUUCCUCACCGUUUCAAUACAUCAGAUCCUGUUCCUCCGUUCGGUCUAUCCACGAGCGACGUUUCUGCCCGUGCGGGCUUACAACUACCCUGUCCGACAAUCCCGUCACCCCAAGGUGUGUGAUUACAUCAAUGACGCGUCAAUUGCGGUCGGAACGGAGAUCUUGAAAGGCACAAUAACCGCUGUCAGCAUUAUCAUAUCCUCUCUCCGAACAAAUCAGCCCCUCGAACGAUAUGCCUUUGAUCUGUCGGGUUUCCCCCGCGUCCCCGCUGGCGAAGUCAACACCACCUUCGAAGACCGAAGGGAAGAUCCCUCCAGCAAAGCCGGGGUUCCCGUGACCGAACGGGCCUCGGCUCCGACGACAGUCGACCUUGAAGCGCAAUUCCGGGCCUGCCUGGCCCGACUGGCCUCUGCCUGUGCGCGGCUGACCCCGUUGCCUCGCGACGACGAGUUCAGCUUUACCGUCUGCAUCGAAGUUCGGGAAGAUGCGUUACCGCCCGCCGGGACCACCACCGAGGAGCAGACGUGGAUUGUGGCGGAACCGGACAAGGUCCAUCUCCGAUCGUGCACGGCCCCAUAUUCCGUUUCUAAGUUGAGAAACGGUGAGCCGCAACAGCCGCCUCCAAAAGUGUCGAAUGGGCGCGCCAAGACGGUGCCGGUACGACGUGUAGAAGCCGGCGAGCUUCGACUGGAACUAUGGGUGGAAGAGGCACGGCAGAAGUUUAACGAACCGGUGGAUUCGGAACACCCACCCUGAGCUUCCUGUUCUCCAGCUCUGUCUUCUUGCCGUGUUCGUCUAGUUCGUCAUUAUCUUCUGAUUUCACUGAAACAUGUUUCUGCUCCUUAUCUCAUAUUUCCAUUUAUCUCAUUCU